GACUGUCUGCCAGAGAGAAAGUGGAGUAGACGGUGGGAAGGAUCCCAUGUGGAGAUGACAGUGUGGCUCACAGAAGAAAGUGUAAUGACUGACCCAGAGCAGUCACUUUUGACCUUCACUAUGGAACCAAUUGGCUCAUCACGUCCCUAUGACUAUGAUGUCGUCCGUAUGAGCCGCCACCAAGUGGAAAUAAUUAGUUUCAGGAAUGGUAACCCGAACAAGAGUGAGCUGUCUCUGCCACAACCCCUGCCUGUUGGCUGGGCAGCAUUUAACCUAUCAUCAACAUCGCUCACAGAGUUGUGGCUCCUACCACAUACGAAACUUGUGUCAUUAUCCGCUGAUAUGACCAUUGCCAAUCUCAAUAUAGAUGGCAGCAAUAUCACGGUCGGUUGCCAUCACAAUGUGUUUGGCUGGAAUGUCGCUGAGGGCCGGGCAGUGACAGUGCCACUGCCUCACCGUCACCGUCACUACGUCAGUACAUAUUCCAACACUGCCUCACAACCCAGACUCACGUUGGGAGACACUACACUACAACUGGGAUGGGAUGGUUCUACUUUGGUUGACGUGACUCAGUAUGACAAUAAAUAUCAGAGACCUCUACCAACAGCCACUGAACAUCACCUCGUUAUCUCUUGCAAUUCUUCUUAUGUUGAAGCUGUUAUCUGUAACAUUGAGGCAGGGAAGAAAAUCUUGAAAACUGUGAAUUUAGGUGAGUUACCAACCUCGGUAACUUUUCAUGAAAAAUCAGAGGAGCAGUUCUAUGUAUUCUAUCACCGAGUUAAUGACAAUGUUACUGACGUUUCAGUAUCUUCAUCUCCUGCAGGUAAGAAAACUGAUUUUAUUGAACUGUUGCUUAUUUCUUGAAAUUCAGAUAAUGUGUAUUCUCCUUCCUCUUCUCAGAAAUAAUGCGCUAACACAUGCCUCGUGGGAAUCUCUCUUGGAAAAGUUAUAUGAUGUUGAUUGCAGAAUGAAAUUGAAAAUAAAAUAUAAAAACACAUCAAAUUUCCUUUCCUGGAUACGCUUGUAAUCAGAGAUAAUCAAUCAGCUGAAAUUAUUCUUGAACAUAAUUACACUGAGUUGGGGAAACAUAUUUUAUCUAGACACUAAUUUCAGCAGUUUUAGGGAAGUGCAGUCCUGAGUUUCCUCUGGAUAUCCAGUUGCCUAACAUAAAGAUUGUGAUAAGUGAGCGGGAG